CGGCGCCCGCCCGACUUCCCAGCGGCCCCGUGCGGCCCGGGCAUGCCCAGUGCGGGCGCAGCGGCCCCGGCCCUGGCAGCGCCCGGGCGGGAGCGUGCGAUCCGGUGCGGAGGGGCUCUGAGGAGACGAGCGGGCCCUCGGUGGGCGAGAGACCCGGCUGGAGCCGGAGCCGGAACCGCGGCGGCGAAGCUCCCGGGUCCUUCAUGAUGAAAAAUCUGGGGACACUUCUCUCUCCUUUGUGUAGCUGAUAGUUUGGGCGGUAAAGAGAUGGCUGACAGUGUCAAAACCUUUCUGCAGGACCUUGCCAGGGGAAUCAAAGACUCCAUCUGGGGAAUUUGUACCAUCUCAAAGCUAGAUGCUCGAAUUCAACAAAAGAGAGAGGAGCAGCGUCGAAGAAGGGCAAGCAGUAUCUUGGCUCAGAGGAGAGCCCAGAGCAUAGAGAGGAAGCAGGAGAGUGAACCACGUAUUGUGAGCAGAAUUUUUCAGUGCUGCGCUUGGAAUGGUGGAGUUUUCUGGUUCAGUCUCCUCUUGUUUUAUCGAGUGUUUAUUCCCGUCCUUCAAUCAGUAACGGCCCAGAUUAUUGGUGACCCAUCGCUACAUGGGGAUGUCUGGUCGUGGCUGGAGUUCUUCCUCACAUCAAUUUUCAGUGCCCUCUGGGUGCUCCCCCUCUUUGUGCUCAGCAAAGUCGUCAACGCGAUUUGGUUUCAGGAUAUAGCGGACCUGGCAUUUGAGGUAUCUGGGAGGAAACCUCACCCAUUUCCUAGUGUCAGCAAAAUAAUUGCUGACAUGCUCUUCAACCUCUUGCUUCAGGCUCUCUUCCUUCUCCAGGUGAGACCAUUCCGGGCACAUGGGCGGAUUAAACAAAGAUCCACUAGAGGGAGCUUCACAAAAGCAGGGUAUCCCGUUUAUACUGAGCAGAUAUGUUUAUGGGAGGGGAUGUUUGUGAGUCUCUUUCCCAUCCAUCUUGUUGGUCAGCUGGUUAGUCUCCUGCAUAUGUCUCUCCUCUACUCACUAUACUGCUUCGAAUAUCGUUGGUUCAAUAAAGGAAUUGAAAUGCACCAGCGGUUAUCAAACAUAGAAAGGAAUUGGCCUUACUACUUUGGAUUUGGUUUGCCCCUGGCUUUCCUCACAGCAAUGCAGUCCUCCUACAUUGUCAGUGGCUGCCUCUUCUCUAUCCUCUUUCCUUUAUUCAUUAUCAGCGCCAAUGAAGCAAAGACCCCUGGCAAAGCAUACCUUUUCCAGUUGCGCCUCUUCUCCUUGGUGGUUUUCUUAAGCAACAGACUCUUCCACAAGACGGUCUACCUGCAGUCGGCCCUGAGCAGCUCCACUUCUGCAGAAAAAUUACCCUCGCCGCACCCGUCUCCUGCCAAACUGAAGGCUGCCGCAGGCCGCUGAGUCGGUCACCCGCCAUCCGGAGGGGCCGGGUGGGAUGGGAAGGAUGCUGUGGCAGCUCUUCUCUGGUUCACCUCCAUCCGCUCCCAGGGAAGGCAGGCCCACCCUGCCAAGGGCCCUGCCCACAUUCCCUGCUCUCUGAGGAAUCCAGAUUUUUGUCUCUGGUGCACGUAAGGCAGAAUCUUCCUGCGACCAGUAUGGAUUUUAAACACUGGUGAGUCUGAAAGGACCACAGGUUUUUCUGCAGCUCUUUUCUAGCAUUUGCCAGCCCCGUGCCUGGACUGAUUUGAAUACUCUUUCUCCCUGUGCCAUUUCCCUUCCAUUUUCCCUUUCUGCCUCCCACCGCCCUUGGAUGAAUGGAUUUUUGUAAUUUUAGCUGUUGUGUUUUGUGGACCUGUUUUUUUGUUUUUCUGUGAAGCACAUAUAUUGGAUGUGGGAGGGACAGGAGGCUCCGCUGCUCCUGGUCACUCCCUUUAUAGCCAUCACUGUCUUGUUUCUUGUAACUCAGGUUAGAUUUUGGUCUCUUGCUCCACUGCAAAAAAAAACACACAAAAACACAAGCCUGAAGACAUGGGACAGAAGAAAGACCUCAGCCAGAUCUCCACUGGGUUUGAGGAAUGACUUUCCUUCUUCCCCUUGCAGGGGAAAAAGCUUUUUUCACUGGUACAUUUAAAGCUCCCCAAAGAUAGGGAGGUACCAAUUUCGGACAAGUGCCACUGCAACACGGAAUGCUCGGAGAACCUGAACUUUUACACUCGGGAGGUCUGAUCUUGACUGUUGGCCACUGCUGGGUCUGUCUGGUGUUUCAAAGAAUAUUGGGUGCUGCAAAUAGGAACUGAAGGGGUAAACUUAUUAAACCCAUUAAACCUGUGA